GGGGCUGGCACGCGGUCCAACUGCGACCAGAUGCUCCGACGCACGGCCGCAUCCACAACUUGGCUUCGUGCGCGCCAGGAGAGGAGGCGUCCGCGUUGUAGGGUUAAUGUGCCGUGAAGAAAGCAACAACCGCAUAGCACAGAAACAGGGGAGCCGGAACCAGGGGGCAGCUCUUCUCCGCUGAGGUCCGGUGGGUUCCUGUCAUCGCCUCCUCGCUCGUACCGCAGGACCCGGUGCUGCCACUUGGUGAACCAAAGAGUUCGGGGGGUGCCGGUGAUGUAACCGUCUUCUCCUCAGCGCGCACUCCUCAACUGUUCAUCACUGUAGCCUCUCCUCUGAGAGCAUGGGGCCCCUCAAACUCUGAAGGAAAUAAAGAGGAAUGUGACGAAUAUGUCAGAGACAAGGGCACCAACGCUGCCACUGGUGUGAAUAUGACCUUAUUUGUAUGGGGAAUUUGCCUCCGUGCCACAUGCCGGCAUAGUCCAUACUCCUAAAGCAGGGAUGGAUGUGUGAAUGUAGACUUCACACAUUAUGGGAGUUUGAAGAACAGCCCAGCAAGAGGCGAGAGAGUCAAACCAAUCACAGGGAAACGAGGGGAAAGACGGAGAGGGAAGGAACAAUGGAGUCCACAUUCUCCGAGCAGUCGACCACUGUGGACGAGCUGGUGGAAGCGUGCAUCAAAGCCUUUGAUGAGAAGGGCACAUUGAAGGAUGCUUCCUUGGUGCGUAUGUUCCUCAUGAUGCACCCUUGGUACAUCCCUUCAACAAACAUGGCCAAGAAGCUGGUGCUCAAAUCACAGGAGGAGAGCUGCACUGCUGGGCGCCGAACAAGAAUCUGUCACCUUUUAAAGUACUGGAUCUCUGAGUUUCCAGCGGAGUUCAAUCUGAGCCCGGAGCUGGCCGACCAGAUCAAAGACUAUAAAGACCUCUUGAACACCGAGGGCAAUGAGAGCCAGAGUCAGCUCAUUGACCUCGACAGUGUGCCAUCGUAUAAAUGGAAGCGGCAGGUGACCCAGCGCGUCCCCUCAGUGUCCAAAAAGAGGAAAAUGUCCCUCCUGUUCGACCACCUUGACUCCUGUGAACUGGCCGAGCACCUGACAUACCUGGAGUACAAAUCCUUCUGCAAGAUCCUGUUUCAGGACUACCACAGCUUUGUGAUGCAGGGCUGCACGGUGGACAACCCCAUCUUGGAGCGCUUCAUCACGCUCUUCAACAGCGUCUCCCAGUGGAUCCAGCUCAUGGUGCUCAGCAAGCCCACCGCCCCGCAGAGGGCUGCCGUCAUCUCCCACUUCAUCAGGCUGGCACAGAAGCUGCUGCAGUUGCAGAACUUCAACACGCUGAUGGCGGUGGUGGGCGGCCUCAGCAACAGCUCCAUCUCUCGCCUCAAAGACACGCAGAGCCACAUCAGCGCAGAGACCAACAAGGUUUUUAACAACCUCAUUGAACUGGUGACAUCAUGUGGGAACUACAGCCAGUACCGCAAGCGCUUCUCCGAGUGCUCCGGCUUCCGCUUCCCCAUCCUCGGUGUGCACCUCAAAGACCUGAUAGCCGUGCACGUGGCGCUGCCAGACUGGGCCGACAAGGAGAAGACGCGGGUCAACCUGGCCAAGACCCAGCAGCUGUACGCCAUCCUGCAAGAGCUGGCGCUCAUCCAGACCACGCCGCCUAACGUCGACGCCAACAUGGACCUGCUCAACUUGCUCACGGUAUCUCUGGACCAGUACCACACAGAGGAGGAGAUCUACCAGAUGUCCCUACAGAGAGAACCACGGAAACCAGUGCAGAACUCCAGCCCCGGCCCGGCACAGCCUGACCCCAAGCCCACGAUGAUCGACGAGUGGUCCGUGUCGGUGAAGCCCAACGCCGACCCGACGCUCAUCAAGAAACACAUAGAGAAGAUGGUGGAGUCCGUCUUCAAGAACUUCGAUACGGACGGAGACGGCAACAUCUCCCAGGAGGAAUUUGAAGCCAUCAGGAACAACUUCCCUUACCUCAGCAAGUUUGGAGAACUGGACAAGAACCAGGAUGGGAAGAUCAGCAGGGAGGAGAUGGUCGACUACUUCAUGAAAGCCAGCUCUCUUCUUAACUGCAAGAUGGGCUUCAUCCACACUUUCACCGAGAACACCUACGUCAAGCCCACAUUCUGUGAACACUGCGCCGGCUUUAUUUGGGGUUUCUACAAGCAGGGCUACAAGUGUAAAGGUAAGAGAGCGAUUCUUCUGCUUCCACAUCCGCUGCACAGAUGUGUGUUCCCCCCAGAUGUGCACAGCAGCCUGCAAAGAAUUAGGGGAUUCAUUUUGAGGCCGUCCAUCCCCCCCACACACACACACACACACACAGACACACAAUCCACAGAGUUGAAGUGUCGAGUAAAUGUCAUCAACGCACACACCUUAUCGAAUACAAUUCAUCACACUUUUAUUGUAUGUCCACCCACAGGGAGCUCUGUUCGCUAACAGCUGCUCCGCCGGCCGAGACCACAAUGCUCAAUUAUUUGCCCUUUCAAGGCUCCCAGCAGACGAGUGUGUGAGGAAGCUGCUUCACUUCACAAAUGUACAUAUCUCCUCCUCGUGGUCAUUAGCUUAAAAAACAGACUAUUCUCCUCCUCCUCCUCCUCCUCCUCCUCCUCCUCCUCCUCCUCCUCCUCCUCCCUGUGGAUGUUUGCCGUCGAUACUCUCCGUUAAUGCUCCAAGUUAAGUAAUGAUCAUCUGCAGACAUUCAGCCCCGUAAUUAACUCACACAACUACACAUGUUUCCGUCCAGAUGCCAGGCAACAACUUUGGAGAAUGUUUCGCUGGAUCUAAAAUGCAAAUCACGCCGGGCUCCAUCUGCCGCAGCGCCGGAGUGAUUGAUUACAGCUCGGCCGUGUGAGACGUUACAGCCGGGAGAUAACAUUUCAUUGCUUUGCCAAUCGUUCCGAUAAAUGGGGAUAUAAACGUUUACGGCACAGGAGUGAGGGUGGCAGUAUUCACUUUAGUUUCCAUAGAAGCCCGGGAAGUAGGACGGACAUGUGUGCGUGGAGGACUUAACUUACAGUUGUGGUCGUGGUUUCUCCAAUGUUAACGCAGCUGUUCGCUCUUUUGGUAUAUCGCUAUCUUCUUUGGGUUCUUUGGGUGUAUUUUAGCUUUUACACACAGUUCUUGGAAGGUGCUUCACUUUCUAAAAGGCAGACAUGACUACCAGAUUGCUGCCGUUGAGAGAAAAUGAGGGGAAAACGGCAGGAAGGUCAGAAAACCUCAACACACAGAGACACUGACAAAUUGAUUCACGCAUUACAUCGCACUUAGUGUACAUGCAGCAUCCACUCCUACUCGUAACCCCCCCGCCCCCUCCCACCCAAACCUUCCCGAUCGGACACCACCUUCAGAGGGGGGAGAGAGGACGGGGGAGUGGAGUGGUCUGUCUCAUUCCAGUGCAUUAAGGAGUCCAGUGGAAGUCAAUGAAAGCUCCCGCACCAAUUCAUCCCCAUUACUGUUGUUAGCCCGUACGCAGGGAGGUAGAGAGAGAGAGCGGCAGGGACAUUAUUAAAAUGAAUCACCCUUAUUGAGAGUGUGUGUGUGUGUGUGUGUGUGUGUCUGCUUGGACGUGUGUUUAUAGGAGCACGCUCAAUGUUUUUGGGGGAAAUCAUUCAUCCAUCUGUUGCAGGGAGUAGGGAGAGAUAAUCAAUACCAAUUUAUAUAAUUAUCCAUAAAUGUGACGCUGCCCCAGCACUUCCCCCAUAAUACGGUGUACAUCUCACCCAAGCACAUUAACAGAAACAGGACCGCAAAAAGCCACAACUUAACUUUAAUAACCACACAAUGGAAACAUGACCACAGCGGAAGUUAGCGACAAUGGAUAUUGACAAAUGAGCGAGCACAGUUACUUACUGCCAUGGAAUCCCUGGGUCAAGUGAGCCUUGGGUUGUAGAAACCUUGGUGCUUAUAUAUUUGAUUAUGUAUUUGAUGUGUUAUGGUUACAGGUUAAUAUUUUAAAAUCAAUUUCUCAGUUGACAUCAGUAAGUAGCGUUGCUUGUUUCAUUGUCAGAAUCCGUUGUGGCUCACUUCCUUUGUGAUUGGGUUUCAGUUGUGUGGCUUUUGCACUCGUGUUUUCUGUUAAAGUGCUGGUGUGAGACGCCGCGGCCACGGUGCCAUACCCCUCCAAUUUCAUGGGCUUGUUAAUGCACCCCCCCCCCCGGAGUACAAUGACUCUAAUUGAUACAGUAAUGCUACAAGGGCAAACAAAUAAACACACAAGAGAGAAAUUGCAGUGAGGCUGAACAAAAAGAAACAUUUUCAAUUGCUGCUUUUCAGUCAUUUCAAGGCAAACAGUUCGCCGUGGAAGAAGUUAGACACUUGACCACUUAUGAGGGGAAGAGGGUGAUGUCUGACUUCCUGACCGAAGGAGAAUAAGAAUUGUUUUCUUUCAAAGACGUCUAUUAUGCUUUCAAGAGGACGUGGGGUUUUAAUUAGCGAAACACCUUUUGAAUUAAGUGUCAAACUCUUCUCAACGGCUUCAAGGACAAAUGAGAUUUAGUUUUACUGUGGUGAUUUAUUGUGCAUUCAGGCUGGUUGUCUCUCACAUGUUCUCUUGGUGCUGGCCCGUCGCCCCCCCGCUCUUAGACGCCCACUGGUUGACUGAGUUGCUGUCGGGCACAGUCGGCCUCGCCGCGUGCCAGUGUUCACGUGUCUGCAUGGCGUGUAGAAGCACUCCCCCUUCGCCGCUCACUCUCCUGUUCGCCUCCAUGUUCGUGUUGGCCCCCAUUCCUCUGUCUGACCCUCUCCCUCUCUCUCCCCUCCACUCCCCCGCCACCCGUCUCUCCUGGCCUUUCAUCCC